GGACGGUUCUUGUUUUGGAGGAAGUGAACGUAGCUCGGCUAGAAGCUAGCACGUUAGCUCGACAGGAAAAGCGAGCGUCAACGGGAACUGGACGAAAACUGUUGUACCAGAUCGUUAGACGAGGGGAGUUAUAAUUUGGCAGUGGCAGCAUUGAUUUUGAUAAGAAGGGUUAUUUCAGGGGCUCGCUGUCAGAAAUAAUUUAGUUGUCAGCGCGGUGUACGCGGUGUUUUCUUACGGCAGACAUUUGGAGGAGCCGUUAGCCUGCUAGCUAGCCUGUGCGUUAGCCUUCCAGACGAAGCAAAGGAAAAGUCCACUUUUGAUAUCUGUUUGCUGAAGGACCAUUGCCCAGCUGUGGCACAAUGACGUCAAGGAAGAAAGUACUACUCAAAGUCAUCAUCCUCGGAGACUCGGGAGUUGGAAAGACCUCGUUGAUGAAUCAGUAUGUGAAUAAGAAGUUCAGCAACCAGUACAAAGCCACAAUAGGUGCAGAUUUCCUGACGAAAGAAGUAAUGGUGGACGACAGACUUGUCACAAUGCAGAUUUGGGACACAGCAGGUCAGGAGAGGUUCCAGUCCUUAGGCGUUGCGUUCUACCGUGGAGCAGACUGCUGCGUCCUGGUGUUUGAUGUCACUGCACCCAACACCUUCAAGACCCUAGACAGCUGGAGGGACGAGUUCUUGAUCCAGGCCAGCCCACGAGACCCUGAGAAUUUCCCCUUUGUGGUGCUGGGCAACAAGAUUGACUUGGAGAACAGACAGGUAACAACCAAGCGAGCACAGGCUUGGUGCCAGAGCAAGAACAACAUCCCAUAUUUUGAAACCAGCGCCAAGGAAGCAAUCAAUGUGGAGCAGGCCUUCCAGACUAUUGCACGCAAUGCUCUUAAACAGGAAACCGAGGUGGAGUUGUACAACGAGUUCCCCGAGCCAAUUAAACUGGACAGAAACGAGCGAGCCAAGGCGUCAGCAGAGCCCUGCAGCUGCUGAGGACUCUGAAGAUCUUCAGGGGGUCAUCAUUGCCCUCACUACCCUGUCUUGCCUUGUCUAUAUAUCCUUUUUCCCAUGGCUCACUAUGUUAUUCCCUAUUGCCCAACAUACAAACAGCAUCCCACUUAUUGAGAAUACUAUACACAAACAUACUGCACUCACCUCCUUAUGUAUACAAAAUAUACAUUUUCUAUUAAAUAAAAGUCUCCUAGCCCAAAGAACACCUCGAGGAAACAAUAUGGCAUUUACUUGUAUUAUGCUUAUGACUUCCCAGUGUUUUCUCUACGUACUUUUUCAUGGCAGUGGUGGUGUGGGCUGAUCUUUGUUUAUCAUUGCUUUCACACCCAGUUUUGGUUGUAACAGUUUUUAUUUGAAUAUGUCCAAGUGGGAAAUCAAAGCAUUACUUCUGUACUUAUUUGUAUUUCUAAUUUAAGUUAAACUUUUUUUAUUUUAUUUUUUUGGUGGUUUUCUUACUUUCACAGCCCACUGCUGCUGCAUGAAUAGAAGAAACACUGCUCCCCCAUUUGAGUCAUUUGUGUUGUGGCUUAUGUUAGUUUCACUCUCAAAUACUUGUUAAUGUGGUUUCACUUUACCUCGUAAAAACUUUAAAAAAAAAAAAAAA